AUGGCUUCUAAUCAAGAAACCAAAUUUUCUCUCCCUCCUGUCAAUGACGUGGAGAGACAAAUGAGCCUUGACCUAGAAGUAAAGGAAUUUGACUACUCUAAACGAUCCCAAUGGCUCCGUGCUGCGGUUCUUGGCGCCAACGAUGGGCUAGUUUCAACAGCAUCAUUGAUGAUGGGUGUUGGAGCGGUAAAACAAGACAUAAAGGUCAUGAUCCUAACAGGGUUUGCCGGAUUAGUUGGCGGAGCAUGUUCCAUGGCCAUAGGCGAAUUCGUGUCGGUUUACUCGCAACUCGACGUUGAAAUGGCUCAAACGAAGAGAGAAAAGGAAAGAGCAGUCGGUAUAGAAAGUACAAAAGGAGAGAAAGAGGGUUUGCCUAAUCCAAUACAAGCAGCUGCUGUAUCAGCCCUAACAUUUUCAGCGGGUGCAAUGGUGCCACUAUUGGCUGCCUCCUUCAUAAGAGAGUACAAGGAGAGGAUGUGGGUGGUGGCCGCCGCCGUUAGCCUUGCUUUGGUGGUGUUUGCGUGGUUAGGGGCGGCGUUAGGGAGGGCACCUGCGGCAAGGUCCUCCAUAAGGGCUUUGAUUGGUGGUUGGUUGGCCAUGGCCAUAACUUUUGGUUUAACAAAGUUGAUUGGUUCUAGUGGGCUACUUGGGACGUCAGAAACAUGGACCAGUGCAACAUGUGCCAGCUUCGGAAUUGCAUCCGAUCCUAAAGACUUUGCACCUCAGCGCUUUGAUCCCUUGUUUCACUCCGGCCCGACUAUGCGUAAGAAAAUAGGCCUUGGCAAAACUCUGUCUAACAGGUAG